UUGGAUUAGUUCAUUGACCUAGCAACUCAGAGUGUUAGACAGUAGUGGCUAUACCAAUACCACAAUGGCCGAUAUUGUCGAUCCUUCAAAACUAAAGGUUGCCGAAUUAAGAGCUGAGCUGACUGCUCGUGGCUUGGAUAGUAAAGGCAACAAGCCAGUGCUUGUCGAGCGACUGCGAGAAGCUAUUGCUGCUGAGCAAGAAGAAGCUCCAAAAGAAAAUGUUGAUGACCAAGAACCUGAACCAGAGGAGGAAGUAGAAGAUGUAGAGAAUGAACAAGAUUAUGAAGUUGAAGCUCAAGAGACAGAAGAGAAUAAGCCUGAAGAAGAGGUUUCUGCAGCCCCAGAAGAGGUCCAAGAAGAAAAUGCAGACACAAAUAAAGCAGAAGAUCCUUCAACCUUUGAGACGGACCAGGAAGAGCAAGUUGAUGAUACAAGUGGUGACGUCAAUGCUUCUGGUGCCACUGAGAAGGCAAAAGAUGACUUUGAGGAAGCUCCUGUUGAGCAGCUGGACGAUGAUGAACUGAAAAAAGAAAUAUUAGCUGACGAAGAGGAGCAGCUUGAAGAAUCUGAGGACAAAUCUGCAGUAGAUUUGAUCAAGGAAGAUUUCUUUAAUGGUCACACAGAAGAACUGCAGGGACUGGAGGAGGAAGAAGUUAAAGAAGAGGAACCAGACACAAAGCCCAUGGAGACUGGUGCGCAAGAGGAUGGCUUGGGCUUGAAGACAGAAGAGGCUGAAGCUGAAGGUGCAGAGGACGAGAGCUGGGACCACAAGAGAGGCAGGAAGCGAGGGGCCUCGCCUGUCAAGACGGAGGAAGAAGACACCAAUGCUGCCAAGAAGAGCCGCUCUGACAUGGAUGUCUGCAUUAUUUCUGGCCAGGAGGAUGCCUUUGAUAAAUCCCUGCUGGUCUUGGAUAUGUACAACUCCGACCUGUCACUGAAGAUCGACACAACCACGCGAUUGUCAGCCCUGCCAAUGUGCGACAAGAGCUUCUGCUACAUGUGGCACGGCGUACGGGGCACUUAUGGCUUCACAGAAGGCCGUGUCUUCUUUGAAGUAACAAUCGUCAGGGACUGCGAGGUGCCACAGCUUGAAGAAAGUGAGCAGCAUCCUCAUGUGAUCAGGGUGGGAUGGUCUGUGGAUGACUCGACCCUCACUCUUGGCGAGGAGCCCAAUGGUUGGGGCUACGGUGGUACAGGCAAAAUUUCCACUGACCUCAAGUUUAAGGAUUAUGGAGAGCCGUUCAAAGCAGGUGACAUAGUUGGUGCUUAUUUGGACCUGGAUAGUGAGCCGAUGGUGAUGUCCUUCACCGUCAACGGCAAGCAUCAGGGCAUUGCUUAUGAGAUCCCGCGAGCGGACCUAAAUGGGCAGGCUCUCUUUCCACACAUCCUUACUAAAAAUACUGAAUUCAAGGUGAAUUUCGGCACAGAAGAACCGGCACACACGCCACUGGAGGGCUACACCAUUGCAGGGCUGGUGCCUCUAGCAAACAGAAUCCAAGCUUCGCAGGGGCCUUCCUCGAGGAGUGAUUGUGAGGUUAUUAUGAUGGUUGGCCUCCCAGCCGCCGGCAAGACCACCUGGGUGCAGAACUACUGCCGUGAGAAUCGCCACAUGAAGUUCAACGUGCUGGGCAGCAAUGACCUCAUCGAUAAGAUGAAGGUUCAAGGCAUGAAGCGUAAGCGUAACUAUGCCGGCCGUUGGGACCAGCUCAUCAGCGCUUGUACUCGCAGUCUGAACGACCUCCUCCACUUGGCUUAUAACAAACAUAGGAACUACAUCAUUGACCAGACCAAUGUAUACCCGUCGGCUCAGAAGCGUAAAAUGCGAGGUUUUGCUGGCUUCAAACGUCGAGCUGUUGUAAUAUGUCCUUCCGAUGAGGACCUCAAGCAGCGCACUCUGAAGCGUGAGAAGGAAGAGGGCAAGGAUGUUCCUGAUAGUGCAGUGCUAGAGAUGAAAGCCAACUUCAAGUUGCCGGAAGUCGGAGAAUUCUUCGACUCUGUUGAGUUUGUGGAGCUGUCAGGCGAUGAGGCUCAGGCCCUCAUAGAGACCUACAACAAAGAAGGCCAGGCUGCCUGCCCCAACAAGGCCAACAACCGCAGUGACGGGGGAGGAUAUCGCCGAGACUACAAUGACCGCCGUGAUGCAGACAACUACCGCAGUGGCAGCUACAACAGCGGUGGUGGCAGCUACAACUAUCGUGGGGGUUGGGACCGUGACCGUGAUCGUCGUGGUGGUUACGAUCGCAGAGAACGAGGGGGUGGGGGUUGGAACCGUAACGGCCGAGACAUAACCAGCCGCCUCGGUACCGGAGGAGGUUACAAUCGUGACAACCGCUCUGGAUCCGGUGGAUACAACCGUGAUAAUCGCGGUAGUUAUAACACCCGUGGUGGAUACCGUGACAACCGUGGGGGCCGCAGCUACCAGAGUGGUGGAAGUUACAAGGGCUCGGACACAAGCUAUCAAGCCGGAGGCUGGAGUCAGAGUUCUCAGUACGGUCAGAGUUACGGUAGCUACCCUCAACAAAGCACAACUUACGGUGGCCAAAGUUACGGCUCAACAGCAGCCGCCGCCACUCCGAGCUACGGUCAGAGCAGUUACGGCUGGAACCAGCAACCUCAGCAGUACUACAGCCAGCCCGCUGCAGGCGCUCAGUCGUACUACUCUCAGGGCUACCGAAGCGACACGAGUACUGCAGCUUCGGCCAGCGCUUGGGGCUCCUCAGGUACUGCAGCGAGCGCGUGGGCUCAACCUGCUAGCUCUUGGGGACACGCGGCUUCUGCGCCCACCGCCGCUUCGGCCACGCCAUCUGCCGCAGCUCAGGGCGCGUGGGGCACCGCCAGCUACUCACAACCAGCGGCACAGCAGACAUGGAGCCAGCAGAGCUACGGCAGCUACUAUGGCAGGAAGUAGAAUCUACUGUACAUCACCGACUGAAGCACGAACGAAGCAUCAACUGCCGAGUUCACGACAAGUUGAUGAUGCUGCAGCAAGUGUCGAUUUUGCCUUUGUCAGUCAUGCAAGCGAUGGAUUUCUGAACUUCAAAAUGAAGUUGUGUCAGUGCUACACCAGACCUCUGCUCAAAUGACGAAAUGGCUUUUUAUGUAUAAGUUCUCUCGGGUAUGACCCUUUAUAUCCCACACCAAAUUUAUGCUCUAAAUAUCAAUUACAUCAUGCAGUUGAUAAAUGAUGAAAUAUGUUCACAAAGUUGAAUACCUCCACUUGAUGUAUAGGCUGUCUUUUUUUUCUUAUUUUGAUGUGUGUUUCACGGAAGAAGAUAAUUACGGAUUCGAUUAAUUAGUUUCCAUCUCUCAAUAUGAAUUGUAUUUGAAAUUUUCAAGACUUCUAUGGGUCCAUACUUGUCAGAACGAAUUCACUGGAUAUCUAAUCUUGUGAUUUCAAACACAAAUGUAUUCUCAAUGGCGAGCAUAAGGUGGAAUAGCAGUCUUUUCUUCGUCAGAAAGAUUUUUUUUUUUUCUUUUGUCAGAAAUGUUACGAGUUCAAAUUGGAUGAUUUUCUAUUUCUGUGAGCUAGUUGAUUUGGUUGAUUAUUGUUUAUAACUAAUUAUAUGACUCGUUUUAAACCAAUACACUACCACAUUCUCAUUGUUAUAUUUACACAUGUCUUCUUCAUUUUUCAACGUUUAACUUGGAAAUUCUUUGGCAUACCGUUCCUUAUACUACGGUUAUUCAGCUCAGUUGGUCGAGCUUUUAAUUUGUCGCUCUUUAAAUGAAUUUUGAUAACUCAAACGUACCUGGCUAAUUGGAAAUGUUGCUCAAAUCAUACUUGAUUCUGCCCGUUGGAUAGUGUCGGGAGUUUCAUUCAUUGUGCAACAGUUUAUGACUAGACUCCUUGUGUUGAGGAAAUAACGAAGAGCGAGUGCUGCUGUACAAUUAUUCUACGAGUGCAAAUUAGCUAAAUAUCAAUUUACCUUAAAGAUGACUGUUUGGCGUUUAGUUUUCGGUUGAUUGUAAUGAAUACAUUUUGUUGAUUUCGUAGUUAGUUCUUGUGUAACUAAACGCUAUAUUACUGACAACAAUUUGCAAUUAGGCUAUAGGCCGUUUGUAAUCCUACAGAUGCUUCACUCGAACAUAAUAAAUAUGUACUAUAA